CUUGUGUACCCGCAGUUCGCUCUCCGCCGCGGUCAUAUUCAGUUCGUUAUGGGGUUACUAUCCACCUUGCUGUAUCUGGUGCUACCAGCACUGUUGCUAUUGUACCUUUAUGUUCGUCGCAAAUUCCUCUACUGGGCGGACCGGAAUUUCCCAUAUGUUGCCGGAUCUUUUCCGAUGGGAUCCUUCAACGGAAUGGGGACAAAGUAUCACUUCACCGAAAUUAUGGAUCAAGCGUAUCAAAAGUUCAAAAUGACUGGUUUGUCCAGUGCUGCUACGGGGAUGUACCUGGGGUUCAAACCGUGUCUGCUGGUUUACGAUCUGGAUUUGAUCAAGCAGAUUUUAGUAAAGGAUUUCAACAAUUUUCGAGAUCGAGGAAUGUAUUUCAACGAGAAGGAUGAUCCCCUGUCAGCGCAUCUGUUUUCGAUAGAAGGUGAUAAAUGGCGUUUCUUGAGAAACAAGCUCAGUCCGACAUUCACCUCCGGUAAGAUGAAAUACAUGUUUCUAACAAUAAAAGAUAUUGGAGAUGAGUUUUUGCAUUGCUUCGACAAGUACAUUGAAAGCAAGCAACCGGCGGAUGUAAAGACCUUGGCGCAGAGGUUCACGUGUGAUGUGAUUGGGUCGUGUGCCUUCGGGUUGGAAUGCAAUUCGUUGAAGAACGAAGGAUCGGAGCUAAUGGUAAUCGGUGAUAAGGUGUUCAAACCAGGCCCACUGAGGACAAUGUUGGUAUUUUUUCUUAUCAGCUUCCGUGAUUUAUCGACCAAGCUUGGAUUGAAACAGAUUCCGAGUGAUGUUACGAAAUAUUUCAUGGACGUGGUUCAAAACACGGUUGGUCAUCGGGAGAAAAACAAUGUCAUUCGGCAGGAUUUUUUGCAGUUGCUCAUGCAGCUGAAAAACAAAGGCACAGUCGAAGAACAUGAAGAGGAAUCUAAAGAAACGAUUUCAAUGAACGAUGUAGCGGCACAAGCUUUCCUGUUCUUUUUCGCCGGAUUCGAAACAUCAUCGACAGCGCUGUCAUUUGCUCUUUUCGAGCUAGCAGCCAAUUUAAACGUGCAAGACAAAUUGCGCGACGAGAUCAAACUUGUGCUGGCAGCAAACGGUGGCCAGAUUACUUAUGAAGCACUCAAAGAAAUGACCUAUAUGGAACAGGUCAUUAAUGAAACCCUACGCAUCCAUCCUCCUCUCGGCAAUCUGAUUCGCAUCGCAAACGAACCCUACCGGUUGACCUCACCGAAUGUUACGAUCGAGAAAGGGCAGAUGGUAAUGAUUCCAGUCUACUCGAUCCAUCACGACCCGACGAUCUACGAGGAUCCCGAACGUUUCGAUCCGGAGCGGUUUGCUCCGGAAGCGGUCCGAAUCAGGCACAGCCACUGUUUUCUACCGUUCGGGGAUGGACCCCGCAACUGCAUCGGAAUGCGGUUUGCAAUGCUGGAGGUGAAAUUCGGACUGGCCCAGUUGAUCAGCCAACUUCGGUUCACGAUUAACGAGCGCACCAAGCUUCCGCUGGAAAUCGAUGUAAAAUCUUCACUUCUGGAGGUGAAGGGAGGACUUUGGCUGGACGUGAGCAGAGUUUGAAGCGGUUUUUUUUAAGCAAGUGAUGGGUCACGCACGCAAUUGAUCCGGUUGGGGGACACGGUUGAAAAGAAAAGAACCGUUUUAUCAAUCAAAUGAUGGGUCACGCGAGGCGUUUCGAUGAUGAAAUCAAUUGAGCGAGUACCGUACCGCACCUAAUAUUGAGCAGUUCCAAACUGUACAUUUUUUCCAUUCGAUAAAUUUCCAUAAAUUCAUCUAUAGAAGUUUUGUAUACCUAACAUCAGUGCCUUACGUGUAUUUGUAUUUUUUUUUUCAGAAAAAAGAUCAUUCAUUUAAGGUAAAUUAUUAACAGAGUGUCUGCAGACAGACGCGAGAGAGUGACGACACGAAAAGACUAUGAAGGUUCAACUGAGAUAGUCUUGAAAAGCGGCCAUCUUUGAAAACGAAAAAAGCAGUUCUUUUCGCCACUGUUUACAUAUUUUUAAAGAUUACCGAGUUUCUCCGUUUAAACUUAAUUAUAUGAACUGUGAUGACUGAUUUCACAGUGAAUCAGAAGUUCAGGUCACAUUUCAAGUGUAUUCAGGACUAUUUCACAUAGUAUUAACCAAUAAAAAGUAUCACGCAUCAGUUUAACACAUUA